AUGUUUCCAGGCGCACGGAUUCUUGCUACGCUUACCUUGGCCCUUCAUCUUUUGCAUGGGGCUCAUGCUGCCAUUGGGCCCGCUGGCAACAUGUAUAUCGUCAACGAGGACGUCUCUCCUGAUGGUUUCGCUCGUUCGGCUGUUGUCGCUCGCUCAGUGCCCGCCACAGAUCCGACGCCUGCGACAGCAUCUAUUCCUGGCGUUCUCGUUCAAGGAAACAAGGGCGAUAACUUCCAGCUGAAUGUUGUUAAUCAACUGUCAGACACGACUAUGUUGAAGACGACUAGUAUCCAUUGGCACGGUUUCUUCCAAGCCGGAUCUUCGUGGGCAGAUGGCCCCGCUUUCGUGACCCAAUGCCCCGUCGCCUCUGGGGAUAGUUUCCUGUACAAUUUCAAUGUCCCGGACCAAGCUGGAACGUUUUGGUAUCACUCGCAUCUUUCCACCCAAUAUUGCGACGGCCUCAGAGGGCCAUUUGUGGUAUACGAUCCCUCGGAUCCGCACUUAAGUUUAUAUGACAUUGACAACGCUGACACGGUCAUUACGCUUGAGGAUUGGUACCAUAUCGUGGCCCCUCAAAACGCGGCGAUCCCCACCCCAGAUAGUACCCUCAUCAAUGGUAAAGGUCGUUACGCCGGGGGCCCUACUUCCCCUUUGGCUAUCAUCAACGUCGAAAGCAACAAGCGCUAUCGUUUCAGACUUGUCUCAAUGUCUUGUGACCCCAAUUUCACGUUCUCGAUCGACGGUCACUCUUUGCUCGUCAUUGAAGCAGAUGCUGUCAACAUUGUACCCAUCACCGUGGAUAGUAUUCAGAUCUUCGCUGGCCAACGCUACUCCUUUGUCUUGACUGCUAAUCAAGCCGUUGACAACUACUGGAUUCGCGCGAACCCUAACUUGGGAUCAACUGGCUUCGUUGGUGGUAUCAAUUCCGCCAUUCUUCGAUAUGCUGGUGCCACUGAGGAUGACCCCACCACAACAUCGUCGACGAGCACCCCGUUGCUGGAGACCAACCUUGUUCCGCUUGAGAAUCCUGGCGCUCCUGGCCCACCUGUGCCUGGUGGAGCAGAUAUCAACAUCAAUCUCGCUAUGGCCUUCGACUUCACUACCUUCGAAUUAACUAUCAACGGUGUUCCUUUCCUUCCACCGACUGCCCCUGUCCUUCUCCAAAUUCUUUCAGGAGCGUCAACUGCUGCCUCGCUUCUUCCUUCUGGUAGCAUUUACGAGCUGGAGGCCAACAAAGUUGUCGAAAUCUCGAUGCCUGCGCUGGCUGUUGGGGGACCCCAUCCAUUCCAUCUUCACGGCCACACUUUCGACGUUAUCAGGAGUGCCGGUUCUACGACGUACAACUUUGACACUCCUGCGCGCCGCGACGUCGUCAACACUGGCACUGGCGCGAACGAUAACGUCACUAUUCGCUUCGUGACCGACAACCCAGGCCCGUGGUUCCUCCACUGUCACAUUGAUUGGCAUCUCGAAAUUGGUCUUGCUGUCGUUUUCGCCGAAGACGUGACAUCCAUUUCGGCCCCACCUGCCGCGUGGGACGACUUGUGCCCCAUCUAUAACGCUUUGAGCGACAACGACAAAGGAGGUAUCGUUCCGUCCUAA